AUGUCGUUGUUGAUCCCAACACAAGAUGAUUACGAUGAUGCCCAUGCCAACCAAGACCAGCAAGAGAUAUGGGUCAAGAAAUGGCAGGAGCUAAGAAGAGAAAAAGAUCCCGUUCUGGGCAAAUUGAAAUAUCCUUGGGAUUUCGAAGUAGUGCCGGGUUUCUUCAAGCAAAGCGAUCCUGCAACAGAUGAUUUGAACUUCAAUUACGCGACAGACCAUAUGGGACGCCUCAAGUCUUGGCGCGAGAUAAUCACGGAAUUGAAGCAAUUGAACGCCGGCGCCGGCGACAACGUCGAAUACAAGCUCUUGUUCUUAGCUAGACAUGGCAACGGGUACCAUAAUCAAGUAGUGACCAGAUACGGGAUCGACGCAUGGGAGAAGGAGUUGCAUGCCUUGGGCGAUGUCGAUGGAAUCCACUAUGGACCUGACCCCGAAUUGACCGAGUUGGGCAUUGCACAAGCGAAAGAAAACCACGAUUUAUGGGCCGAUGAGUUGAAGCAGGGCGCGCCCAUACCGGCCAAGUUCUUUGUUUCACCAUUACAGCGGUCGUGCAACACUUUGAAAAUCACAUGGCAAGAUCUCAAGCCAGAUGACAAACACCCUGUUGUAGUGGAGAAAAUCAGAGAAACAAUCGGCAAGAACUUGUGCGACAAACGAUCGCCCAAGCUGACUAUAGAUGCAAGAUUUGGCCCGGCUGGAUUCAACACCGAUGACAUUCUCGAGGAAGACGACGUGUAUUUCUUGCACGAUAAGCGCGAAACCAUGGCCGAGCAAACAACGAGAAUAAUGCAAUUUGUACAGGAGUUGUUUGAACUGGAUUGCGACGAGUGUGGCCGUGUCGAUAAACUCAAGGCCGAGGAGAAUAUCUUCAUCUCAACCCACUCCCACGCGGGGACUAUAAGAUGCUUCAUCUUGGCUGUCAAGCACCGAAACUAUACCAUCAGCACCGGCGGCAUGUUGCCUGUGGUAGUGAAGGGCACGAGGAGAUCAUCCUGA